AUGUUUGACAUUGAUGAUGUGAAGAGACAGCAUGCCGAUGCAUGUGCUGUUGAAGCCAGCAAGGACAAGAUAAUCACGGUUCGUGAACUUUUUGACUAUGUCGAAGCACUCAACCUCGAGCUUCAAGAGGUGAAAGAGGAAGUGAAUGAUCAGAAGAGGCUUGUUGCCUCAUUUAAAGAAGAGAACAAGAAAAACGAGAGUAAAUUGAACGAGCUGCAACAUAAUGAGAGUAAACUUAGCUAUGUUUCUGUGUUGGUUGAUGGAGAUGGUAUGAAUUUUCAUGAAAAGCUCAUUCAAGAUGGAAAGAACGGCGGAUACGAGGCCGCAAGUCUCCUUAUCGAGGCCGUGGAAGACCAUGUUCGAACAGUUGUCACCAAAGUGCCACCAAAUAUCCAGUACAAAGUUCGUGUGUAUGUCAACGUGGAAGGCCUGACACAGGCCUAUCGUGGUGCCAAUAUUCUCCGUGGUGAGGAUAAUUUGACCACGUUUAUUCAAGGGUUUAACAAGGCGGAUACAUUAUGUGAUAUUGUGGAUGCGGGAAAUGGAAAGGAAUGUGCUGAUGUUAAGUUGAAAGCCCAUUUCGAGCAGGAUAUGAUGGACGUCCAUUGUUUGCGGGUCGUCUUCUGUGCCUCUGCUGACGGCGGUUACGCCCGUGUCCUCGGCCCAUGCAGACGAUCAAAGUGCAUCUCACUAGUUAAAGGGCCUCCUUUUGCUCGCGAGAUGGAGGAAUUAGCGGCAGACCUUGAGACAACUUCGUUUGAACGUGUAUUCACGUCGUAUAAGCUGAAGUCAACUAGGAGAGUGUCCAUCGGCAAUCCAAGUACUUCCAUCACUCCUCCGAGGCCACCUACCGCGAAUUACGCGUCUGCAGCGAAGAAAAGCCCUCCUCUACAAUCAUCAUCUCUAGUAGUUGACUCUACAACCCCGAAUGCGGGAAUUCCGAAACUAGUAUGUAAGAAUGCUAGUGGCCAGCGUGUUGAUCCGCGGGCGGCACACUCUCCAAAAGAUAUUGUUGAAAUUUUGAAGCGCAGGAAGUUGUGCAACCAGUUUCAUAUCCUAGGAUCAUGUAUAUAUGGUGGCCAAUGCAUGCACGAGCACGACCCGGCACUUAGCUCACAGGAUAUACUUGAUCUGAUCUAUAUUGCCAGACUCUCUGUCUGUCCCAAUGGUAGUUAUUGUGACGACGUGAGAUGCGUGUCUGGCCACCGUUGUCCACACAUGUACUGCUCUGGUGGCUGA